AUGGGGGAGGGGGAGGAGAGGGGCCAGGAGGUCCGAGAGUCUGAAACACAACUGGCCACUGCUGGAGAGGCCAAUGGAUGCUCCCAGCACAGUGGGGAGAAGGAUGAGGGGGAGACCUCUGAAGACACUGGGACCCCCGCUUUGCCACCCAGCUGGCCUGCCCUUCCCAGCUCAGGCCAGGGUCAGAAGGAAGGUGUUUGUGGGACAUCACCAGAGGAGGAAGCUGAAGAGGAGGAGGAGGAGUGUGAGCCUCAGGCUUUGCCAGCCUCUCCUGCCUCGGCUUGCAGUCCACCCCUGCAGCAGCCACAGGGUUCCUGGGUGCUGGCAACCCUUUGGGGCCAGGUGCUCCUGGGCAGGGGCAUGGGCACUUCUAGUGGACAGUGGUGGUGUCAGCAGGUGCAGCUGACCCAGGAGAAGCAGUUCACAUUCGUGCUGGCUGUGGUCAUCAGUGUCUUUGUGCUCUGCUGGUUCCCCUAUUUCUUCAGCUAUAGCCUGGGUGCCAUCUGCCCUCAGCACUGCAAGGUGCCCCACCCAUGGCCUCUUCCAGUUCUUCUUCUGGAUCGGCUACUGCAACAGCUCACUGAGCCCUGUCAUCUACACCAUCUUUAA